GGCUGCCAGGGGGUGGUUCCCCCAGCGAGGAGGGGGAGGCCUGCAAGGGUUAACCAGGAGCCCGUCUGUGGUCUGAGGUAAGCAGGGAGCGUAUUUGUUCAGGUAAAUAAGGAAGGAUUACUUAUAAUGGGAAAUCAGGCCCCAGCCAACUCUUCAUCUCUUGCUGCCUAACUUCCUCCCAGCACAUUCCUGCACUCCGCCUGUGUCCACACUGCCCCGCAGACCCGGUCCCCUGAGCCCACCGCGGCCUCCCUUGUAAGCCCCCCUGGCUGGGUCUCGCCACGGUGCCAGCAAGUGGCCCUGAGCUGGGGGCAGGGGGGCUCCCUACAGGGCGUGCAGCCCUGAGACCUCAGAGAGCCGCCCGUCGAGGGUGGCCAGGCCCCCGGCGGCCCACCCGAGUGCCACCUCCGCCCUCAGUCCUGCCGGCCCCUGGUACCACCGGCGCCCCAGAUGCCUGGCUGAGACCCAGCAGUGGUCCCAGCUGCCUGUGCCUCCCCCUGGCCCCCAAGUUUGGCACCACCGCGGACGACUCUUUGGGCACCAGGCAGCUAACGGGUUUAUCUGCUCCUUUCCGCCUUUGAGGAUGACUCACCGCGUUACGGGGAGCAUGUAUUUGUUGGUCAUCUCCCACAUCUGUCCUGCUGUAUUCUUGACUCUCAAGUCACGGAAGUAUCCCAGGGACCCCAGUUCUUUGCUACACAGCCGCCAGCCCGAGUAGCAUGGGCAGCGCCAGCCCAGGCCUGAGCCCCGGGCCGCCCGGCCGCCUCCUGCUGCCCCCGGACAGCGCGCUGCGGACAGGCCUGGAGAAGGCGGCCGCGGGGGGCACGGGGCCCGAGCGGCGGGACUGGAGCCCCAGCCCGCCUGCCACCCCUGAGCAGGGCCUGCCCACCUUCUACCUCUCCUACUUUGACAUGCUGUACCCCGAGGACAGCAGCUGGGCGGCCAAGGGCCCCGGGGCCAGUGCGCGGGAGGAGCCGCUCGACGAGCCAGAGCAAUGCCCGGUCAUCGACAGCCAAGCCCCGGGGGGCAGCCUGGACCUGGCCCCGGGCGGGCUGACCCUGGAGGAGCACUCGCUGGAGCAGGUGCAGUCCAUGGUGGUGGGCGAGGUGCUCAAGGACAUCGAGACGGCCUGCAAGCUGCUCAACAUCACGGCAGACCCCGUAGACUGGAGCCCCGGCAACGUGCAGAAGUGGCUCCUGUGGACGGAACACCAGUACCGGCUGCCCCCCGUGGGCAAGGCCUUCCAGGAGCUGGGGGGCAAGGAGCUGUGUGCCAUGUCGGAGGAGCAGUUCCGCCAGCGUUCGCCCCUUGGCGGGGACGUGCUGCACGCCCAUCUGGACAUCUGGAAAUCAGCUGCCUGGAUGAAAGAGAGGACGUCCCCGGGGGCGAUUCACUUCUGCGCCUCAACCAGCGAGGAGAGCUGGACGGAUAGCGAGGUGGACUCGUCCUGCUCCGGGCAGCCCAUCCACCUCUGGCAGUUUCUCAAGGAGCUGCUGCUGAAGCCACACAGCUACGGCCGCUUCAUCCGGUGGCUCAACAAGGAGAAGGGCAUCUUCAAAAUCGAGGACUCCGCGCAGGUGGCCCGGCUGUGGGGCAUCCGCAAGAACCGCCCCGCCAUGAACUACGACAAGCUGAGCCGCUCCAUCCGCCAGUAUUACAAGAAGGGCAUCAUCCGCAAGCCCGACAUCUCCCAGCGUCUGGUCUACCAGUUCGUGCACCCCAUCUGAGCACGGCCACCGGGUCCCGGGCCUGAAAGGUGCCCUCGCCAGACCUCCCUCCUGCCUGCCCUGCCUUGGCCAGGCCCAGAGCUGGGAAAGAGGGCAGUCUGCUGACAUCCAGAGUUCAAGGUCAGGGAGGAGAUGGCCCGCCGCUCCCCGAGAUGUCAGUGAGCUCUCUGGGAAGAGAGCCCCAGGGUGGGGGGUGCUUGCCCCUCGGGCCUGACUGCUCCACGGCCAGCCCAUCGGAGGACGGAGGGAGGCAGGGCUGUCCCCCCGCUCCGUUGCAGCCUCUGACCCCAGGCGCUCCGGAGCAGAGCCAACUGAACGGCAGUGACUUGGCCAAGCCACUUGCCCUCCAGUGCCCUCAGCUGCCCGUCCAGCACUGCGCCUGGCAUGGUGCCAGGAGACAUCUGGACCCCGGAGUUGGGAAGCCAGGGGUGCCCUGGGGACGGAUAAUAAAGAUCCUAAGGAACUGAUAUGGUCCCAGUGAGCCAGAAGCACAGCCUGGAAGCCAUCCAUACUCAAGUCAUUGUGGUCACAGGGGCCUGGGGUGGUUAAGGGAGGCUUCCUGGGGGAGGCGGCAUUGUGUGGAGCCUAACAGGAAAGGGACAGCUGAUGGGUGGAAGCAGUGGGAGAAAGGCAGGGAGUCCUCAAGGCCCAUGCGGGGCUGGAGGGGCCCUCGUCUCCCCUGGCCUGGUGUGGGCUGGAAGUGGGGGCUGGAAGGGCUGAGGAGGGUCUCCCACGGGACUGAAGAGGUGGUGGCAUCCUUCUGUCCUUGUGCUCUGUCGGGGGUCAGGACUUCCCCCUGGAGGGGCCGAGGGCUGCCCUUCCUGCGAGGGGACCCACAGCCUGGCCGCUGCUGGGCCAACCUGGGGGCUCUGGGACAGGCAGCCGUGCCGUGGGAGAGGGGGGCCUUCAGCCCUCCUCGGGGGAGCCGGCCCUGCAGUGAACGGGGGAAGAGAGGCUGGCUUGGGGGCAGU